AUGGCGGAGGCAGGCCUCGCAGAACGACUGGAUGUCGCCAUCGCCGAGUUCUUCUCUUCAUGGAACAUCUGGACGACCAUCCUGGCGCUUGUUCUCGUCGCCUUUCUCAUAUAUCCGGUGCUUACAGGCGGCGACCCCGACACCCACCCCUUCUUACUGGCACGACAAGCACAAGUCGCUCCCAUCCGGCAGUCAGGUGAGUCUGCGGUCUAUCGCGCGAUCGAUAUCCCCCAUGGUUAUCCUCUCCGUGCUGGCCUAGGCGUCAAAGACCCGGGCACUCCGAAGUGGAGCUCCGGCAGACCUGGGGACCUAAGGGAUAUCUGGCGUAACGCUGCACGUGGCGUGGUCAACGAAGAGGGCAAUUCGACAGGCACGAAAGGAAAGAUCCUCACUGUCUUGGGACGGGAAAAGGUCAUCGAGCAUAACUUCGAUGACUUGACGCUUGGGAUCAAUGUCAUUGGCCAGUACGUCAAACGAAACAACGGCCAGUCAGUGGCUGUAUGUCUCUCCAAUUCGGUGGAACUGUUGUCUGCAAUCUUCGCCGGCUCGUUCUAUGGUUUCUCCACGAUCUUGCUCCCGUACGGCCUACCACAAGACAAGCUCAACUCACUGCUCGCAAAAACCUCGGCCGACCAUGUCAUCGCCGAGGCCGGUUCAUUGGACCUUGACGACCUGGCAUCAACUGCCAAGUCCAUCAAGACCGUCAUCUGGGUGACUCGGUCGACCAACGACCACAUGAACUGGACGGAGGGCACACCGGACGGCUACACCGUCACUUCCUGGCACGAACUCGUGGAGAAGAGCCGACGGACCGCCAAAUCCGACGUCCUGCCCCUAGACAAGGACUCCCAAGUGCCUCCAGUAUCUGUCUUCGUCCCGACCGCCAGCGGUGGUUACGAUUUGGUCAAGUAUACUUCCGAGAACCUCAUCUCCGCGACCGCCGCCCUUCUCGCAACCCUCCCACGCGCGCACAAGCUCUCGCCAUCAGACACGCUCCUGCCCACCACGCCGCUAACCGAUAGCUACACCCUCUCAUGGACGUUUGCCGCGCUCUUCUCCAACGCCACCCUGUCCCUCAACUCCGUGGCAGGCGACAACAUCGACAUCGUGCACGCGACUUCCCAAUCCUCGCCGACCAUCGUGCUCGCCUCCCCAGCCACCGUGACCACAUACCUCAACCACCCGGACACCAAAUUCACUGGCGGACUCGGCAAAUUCAUGACCCAGCGAACCCUCCAACAAGGGAACAUGCCGGCUAAGGGGUCUUCAUCGACGAGCCCCCUCUCGCACGUCCGCGUGCUACUCAUCCCGCAGUCCACCACCGCGCCUGCUUCGACGCGCUUGUCAUCCUCGACACUGCAUACCCUGCGCACGCUGCUGAAAUGUCGCACCGGGUACGCCCUUACCGCGCCGCAGGUCGCAGGCGCGAUCGCCCAGACGAACAUCUUCGACUACAGGGAGAAGCGCGGCAAGGUCGUCGGCGUGGGCGCACCCCUGAGCAGCGUGGAGGUGCAUUUGAGUGGUGAGGAAAACGUCAUGGGGACGAGGACACCUCGUGGGACGAUGACAGUCAAAGGCCCGGCCGUCGUGGGCGGCAAGACGACGAUCGAGGGUCUCCAGGUGCAGAUUGACGACGACCAUACCCUGCUGUUGCUGUGA